AUGAUUGCUUCCGUGACACCUUUCUCGCACUCUAGCACAGCGUCAUCUGCAGAAUUUGAAAGGCGCAAGAGAUCAAUUCCUUUGUUGGCUGCCAUGUCUCGCAACUUGAAGAACCCUGUCCAGACCCAGAUGGCAGUUUCAGCCUUGAGCAGCUCUCUGAUCGGUGAUUACCCUAGCAAAACUAGAAGCGAGGGGAAGGCUGUUGGAUGGAAACGUGUUUUUGUCCAGACUGACACUGGGUUUGUACUGCCUGUUCAACUGGAUCGUGGUGACAGUGUACACACAGUCAAAAGAAAGCUGCAGGUGGCCCUCAAUGUUCCCACUGAGGAGAGUUCUCUGACACUCGGUGAUCAUGUCCUCAAGAAUGAUCUCAGCAGCAUCCGAAAUGAUUCCCCACUGCUCCUGACCAAGACCUUCAUGCAUCGGAGUUCCUCCAGCCCAUGCCUGUCUCCUACAAGCAAGGAUCUCCAGCAGCAAAAGGAUAAGGGUGGUCCAAUUGAAGUUUUAGUGUGUCCAACCCGCUGCAUUCAGGCAAAGCAGCUUGUUAAGGAUGUUGCUAGGGCCAUAAGAAACGGUGUGGAUCCAAAACUUGUCAAUAGUGGGCUUGGUGGUGCCUACUAUUUCAAGAACAGUAAAGGUGAGAAUGCUGCCAUUGUGAAGCCAAAUGAUGAGGAGCCAUUUGCACCCAACAAUCCAAAAGGUUUUACUGGGAGAGCCCUUGGGCAGCCAGGCCUCAAAAGAUCAGUUCGAGUUGGUGAGACCGGUUUUAGAGAGGUUGCUGCAUACCUUCUGGACUAUGAUAACUUUGCUAAUGUCCCCCCGACAGUUCUUGUUAAGAUUUCACAUCCUGUAUUUAAUGUGAAUGAAGGCGUCGGUUCUACCAACAAGAAGGCUUCUGUGGGUGAUCCGCGAACUGUCAGCAAGAUUGCCUCAUUUCAGCAGUUCGCUCCUCAUGAUUUUGAUGCUAGUGACCUUGGCACUUCAAGCUUCCCUGUAUCUGCUAUUCACAGGAUUGGUAUUCUUGACAUCCGAAUCUUCAACACUGAUAGACAUGCUGGAAAUCUUCUGGUAAGAAAGGUGACAGGAGCAGAUCAAUUUGGAAAUCUGACUGAGCUGAUUCCUAUUGACCAUGGUCUCUGCCUGCCAGAGUGUUUAGAGGAUCCAUAUUUUGAAUGGAUUCACUGGCCGCAGGCGUCAAUCCCAUUCUCUGAGGAUGAGCUUGAGUACAUAGGGAAACUUGAUCCAGUGAAAGAUGCUGAGAUGCUUCGUAUGGAGCUGCCUAUGAUCCGGGAAGCGUGCCUCCGUGUGCUAGUCCUCUCAACCAUAUUUCUGAAAGAAGGCACAUUAUUUGGUCUUUGCCUUGCGGAGAUUGGUGAGAUGAUGAGCAGGGAAUUCAACGGGAUGGAUGAUCAGCCAAGUCAGCUAGAGGUUGUCUGCAUGGAGGCAAGGAGGCUAGCAAGUGAACGAGAAGAAUGUUCCACAGAACAUGAUUCUGCAGAUGAAGAUGUGACCCAAUUUGAACUUGACUGUGAAGAUCAUGAAAUGCCAAAAACACCACCAGCCUGCCAUUUUGAAUUUAAGGGGGGAAGCUCCAGAAACCCGCUGUCUAAAUUGGAAGAGGCCAUUGAAGAAGAGGAAGAUGACAUUCAGGAGGAGGAAGAAAGCAAUGCAGAAAAGUUAGCUUGCCCCAAGCCUGUCAAUAAGUGGCUUCCUAACAUUUCCAAGCUAUCAACCUCACUGAGCAGCGUCAGUCUCAUGGACAAAAGCCAGCGUCAGGUGCCUGCUAUUCCCAAGGGUGCAGAUUCUGUGAAAACCUCUGAAAACAACCAAGUUGGUAACUGGAGGACUGCAAAUGAACAGCUCCCAACAAGCGCAAGCUUUGUGAAGCUGGCCGACAUGGGUGUGGAUACAUGGGGCCUGUUCCUUGAGAAGUUCCAGGAGCUGCUCCCUGGCGCAUUCCGCGCGCACAAGCUUGGCGCCACCGGGCAGAGGGGGAGGCUGAGGAUGGGUACUUCUUGUCAGUUUUGA